AUGACGACAUACUCUAUUCAGGGUGUGAGUUUAGAUCAAAGAUUUGAUCGAUUGGCACUCGAUUUUUUCUAUAUUCAUGAUCUUGAUUUCAUAGCUACUUCAUUAUUUGAUUGUAAAUCUAAGGAAUAUAAAGAAGUUCUUGAUCGAAUUUGUAAAAGAAUCCUGCCUCGAAUUUAUCAUCAGAUGAACAAACUUACUCUAGGACAGCUUUCAAUAAAUCGUGUUCUAUCUACUUAUAAUUUUCCUCAACUUCAGUCACUAUCACUUGUCUCGGUUAAAUUAGAAACAUUAUUACCAUAUAGAGCAGAUCAUUCAAUACUUUAUCAUCUUAAUCUCGAUAUUGAAUUGGAGCUAUAUGCGUUUGAAUUAAUAUUAGAAUGGGCCAAAACAUUUGAUUGA